AUGUGCUUAGCUGUAGCAACGGCUUUUGCCAUUGAUACACCAUCAAAUGAAUAUCUACCACCAGUUGCAGUUGCUCCUGUUGAGGAAGCACAAAUAGUGUUAGAACCACAAGAAUCAGCUGCACUUGCUGAUGAUGGAUAUCGUUAUAAGGUUGUACGUCGCGUAAAAUAUCGUCAACGUCGCGAUGUCAAUGAGUUACCUUCCAAUGAAUAUCUACCACCAGUUGCAAGUGCACCUCUUGAGGAAGCACAAAUUGUGGUAGAACCACAAGAAUCAGCUGCACUUGCUGAUGAUGGAUAUCGUUAUAAGGUUGUACGUCGAGUAAAAUAUCGUCAACGUCGCGAUGUCAAUGAGUUACCUUCCAAUGAAUAUCUACCACCAGUUGUAAGUGCACCUCUUGAGGAAGCACAAAUUGUGGUAGAACCACAAGAAUCAGCUGCACUUGCUGUUGAUGGAUAUCGUUAUAAGGUUGUACGUCGAGUAAAAUAUCGUCAACGUCGUGAUGUCAAUGAGCUACCAUCCAAUGAAUAUCUACCACCAGUUGCAAGUGCACCUCUUAAGGAAGCACAAAUUGUGGUAGAACCACAAGAAUCAGCUGCACUUGCUGAUGAUGGCUAUCGUUAUAAGGUUGUACGUCGAGUAAAAUAUCGUCAACGUCGUGAUGUCAAUGAGUUACCUUCCAAUGAAUAUCUACCACCAGUUGCAAGUGCACCUCUUGAGGAAGCACAAAUUGUGGUAGAACCACAAGAAUCAGCUGCACUUGCUGAUGAUGGAUAUCGCUAUAAGGUAGUACGUCGAGUAAAAUAUCGUCAACGUCGUGAUGUCAAUGAGUUACCUUCCAAUGAGUAUCUACCACCAGUUGCUAGUGCACCUCUGGAGGAAGCACAAAUUGUGGUAGAACCACAAGAAUCAGCUGCACUUGCUGAUGAUGGAUAUCGCUAUAAGGUAGUGCGCCGCUUAAAAUAUCGUCAAAGACGAGUUUAA